AUGUGCUCGGGUGUUGUCAGAGGGCGGGGUUCACAGAGCUCCUCUACCUACCUGAACCGAAAAGUGAAGAAAACUGCUCUGAAAAUGUACUUGUAUCUGAUGCUGUUAGUGUUCAUCUGUGACGGGUUCCGUGUCCUUGGUCCACCUGGUCCUCUCAUUGUUCAGCUGGGAGACUCUGUGAUGCUGCCCUGCUUUGUAGAAACUCCUCUAUCACUGGAAGAUCUGGAAGUGGAGUGGAAAAGAAUUGACAGUGAAACUCUAGUGCACUUGUGGCAGGAUGGAGAAAGUCAACCAGAGUCUCAGAACCAGCUUUAUCAUGAAAGAGCUAAUUUUUUCCCUGAGGAGAUCGCUCAAGGAAACUUCUCCCUCCUUCUUACAGACGUGACCAGUAAAGAUGCAGGAGGUUAUAAGUGUACUGUUUACACAAAGCUGGAUUCUGGUGAAACUCUGAUUGAAAUAAAGGAGAUGGAGCAUUUGAUCGUGUCUGGAGCCCAUGUUAUAUAUAUGUAUGCGGGUGAAGAUAUCACUCUGAACUGCUCUGUAGACUCGCAUCUCCCACCAGAAAAUAUAGAAGAGGUGUCAUGGAAGAAAAUAGAUGAAGAUAUCUUAGUGCUGGUUUAUCAAGAGGGUCAGAUCCUGACAGAGUCGACUGGUGAGAGAUACGUGGACAGAGUAGAAUUCUUCAGCGCUGAAGAAAGAAACAAAGGAAACUUCUCUUUGAGACUGAAGAAUGUCCAAACGGAGGACAAAGGGCUGUAUAUGUGUUUAGCGUUCUCUGGGGCAUUAUCAGCUAACACAACUGUGGAGGUACAGCAGCUGGGUCUUUCCUUUCUGCAUAUUGCAAUUUUUAUUUUGUGUAUACUUGGAUUUGUAAUCGGAUCACUUGUACUGGGCUUCCUAUCUUACACAUGUUAUAAAAAGAAAGAUGACAGUAGAAGAGCCCUAGCUAUUCAGUGUGCACAUGUCCUUUGUCCUAACAUUACUAUGUCCAUUGUCUUCAUCCUCUGGGGUGUCACUGAUGAGACUUUUACUGCCGCAGCAACUUGUUCAGCCCUUAAUUUUGCUCGGAUCCUUUUUCUGCUUUGGAUUGGUCUUCAUUUCAAAACAAUUCAAGAUUUUCCCCAGCGAUUAAUUACCAAGUUGGCAAUUCUACUACAGUACAUUGUGAUAACUGUUUUUGCUUAUUCUUCUAUUUUUGUGGAUAUCCUGUAUAAUUUAACCACUGAAGCGAAAGUAGCUCUGAUAAUUGUGCUCCUGCUGCUACUUGUUCCUAUUCUGGGUGUUAUUGCUCUAGCAUGCUGUAAAAGGGCUGAAAACAUUCGUCCAGACACGAUUUACAUGAUUACAGAACUCAGUGAUAUUCUUCGAAUAACUGUUUUUUCACUGGGAUUUCAAAGAAGUGGGAUUACGUUAUUAGUUCCACUCUUCACUGUGGUUUGGUUUUAUUCUCGUUAUUUUCUCAGAAAGCUGAAGUAUAUAUUCUGGAUAUCAGGGAGGAUGCUCCUGGAGGUUCUAAGGGCAUCAGGGUCGAUCUACAUCCAUUAUAUUCUGAAUAUUGAUGUGAAAGAACGGAACGCAUUGGUCUGUGUGACUGUAUUCCUCCAAAUGCUGACCCUGAUUACAUGGUUUACAUAUCUAAACUAUUCAUCAGAUGAAAGAUAUCGCUCCAGAAAGAUUGGGACACAUCACUCUUUACCCCAUUUGGUUGUGUUCAUGUUUGGUACAGUGGGGGUUGUUUUUGUGAACGCUGGUGCAUUAUUAGUAGAGCUGAUCCUAAAAGCACGAAAUGGUGAGCGGACAGUGGAUCUGCGACUUAUUCUCCUACCCACUGAAAGUGUCUUUGCUGCAUGCUACAUUUCUUUACAAAUAUCUACUUUCUCUAUUUACUGGAAGGGGAACAGAGAAGAAUUUGCAAAUAAAAGAGAGAAGCUGCGACAGUUGCGUGGGUGUAAACAGACACAGAGGGACUCACCUCCACAACAUGAAAUGGAGAAUCUGAAUCCUGUUUCUCAGCCCUCAGGGUCUUAGCAGCAAAAAUAUCUCAAACACAAACACAGAAGAUUGCUAAUGUACGUUUACUUGGUUUCUGCACUGUCAUCUGACUAGCUGACAUCCCUACAGAAGCCACUAGUGACUGUAAUAGAUGAUUAGUUUAUACAACUUAAAAAAUAUAAAGAUCUCUUUGCUGUGGUAUGCAGUUAUGGGGAAAACAAAACACUCCAUCACUUCUGUCUUUUUAUAAAUCAGGGACUAAUAACCACUGUUUAGUUCUCACCAACUUCUAUAAACAAGGUGAGAACCAAAAAACACAACAGAUUUCAACAUGUAAUAAUUUUUUCCCUAAACAUGAACCAACACUGAACAUUUAGCAUCAUUAUCCUAUUUCAUAACAUGAUUCCAGCUCAGAUUUAAGCUGCUGGACGGAUGGCCUCACAUAUGUUUCAAGAAUAUUCUGGUAAUAAAGUGGACUUUACUGACUGCCUCACUGACUGCAUGAUUCCCAGGUCCUGUAGCUCAACAAGCCCAAAUCAUCACCCCUCCACCAUCAUGCUUCACAGUUGAUUUAAUCUGCAAACAGAGGCUUAAGAUGUUGCUCUUGGGGUUUUCUUUAAUGUCUGAACAUUAAAUAGUCUGAGAUUGGGCUGAAUUUGAUACCCUGAUUUUAAAUAAUCUAUAUUAAAACUUAUUAAGGCAGCUAAGGGAACAAGUUCCUAAUCAGUAAAUUAUGUCAAUGUGACUAAAUUGUGGAAAUGAGAUAAUUAAUUCAAAGCUAUGAUUUAUUAGUGUGAGGAAACAGGGUGAUGUGGUUUGAGGCCACAGCUUAGUGAAAUUGACUUUAUUUCAAUUCAAUUCAAGUCAAUUCAAUUGUAGCAUCUCCAGGUCAGCUCACUUGCUCAUGGGGUCCAUCGCAUCCUUCCCAAAAACUCAAUUAACUAUUACACAGCUCACAGCUGAGCUAUCACUACUUAUAGUUCAUUUCAUUGUGACUCAACCGACAUGCUGUAACUCCUGAGAGACAGGCGCCGGGAUGUCUGAUGACUCUGGAUAACGCCUGAUCCCCCAACAGAGACUGGAGAUAAAGGAAGUAUUCUACCACCAUGAAUGUUGGAGUUCUGCAGACCAUCAAUGCUGAUAGCCCAGCCUCACACCUGGAACGCACCAUCAACUUGUGACCUUACCAUACAAAUCACCCUGCGCCCAGCAGUUUUACGACCGUGAAAAGUCAACAAGAAUUCCCUAAUCUAAACCGAAUCAAUGCCUUGACCAGGGGAUGACCAAAGCUCUGACUGAAGACACAUAGACACACACAUAAACACACACACACACACACACAUACACACACACCCACACACACACACACACACAUACACAUACACAUACACACACACACACAUACACACACACCCAAAGUGUCUGGAAAAGCUCAUCCUGACCCCCCCCCACACACACAUAAGGAGAGUUCCUUUCAAUAAAAUAAUAGUAAAACCCUACCUGACCCAUACCUAACACACCUGUAUAUGUAUUCCCCUUUUGCCUUUAUACUUUUAUGGUGGUAUUACCACACAUGACCUGUUGUUCUGUGUUUUCAUGAAAUAGAACAUGUUUUUAUAAGAUAAGAAUGUAUGUUUAAUUGCCUAUACCCAGUUUCCUUUCCUCUCAUACUAUCCCUUCAUGUCUGCUAUCAAAAUGAUCCUCUUUUAAUUUUAUAAGCAAUAGUGUAGGCCAUGUGGCCAUUCAAGUAACUGGGCGUGACCAAGGGAUCAAUAAAAACCAGCACCCAUCUAUCGGGGCCCGACUCGACGCCAAUCUCUCUUCGGGACAAGACUUUCACUUUCUCUUGAGACUUUGCCGGCAGCUUCAAUCGAGGAACUUUGCAACACCGAAACCUUUUUCGUUCCAGCAGAAUCUCUCGCUUGCUCCGAGGACUUCGAAUCUCCGAACCUCCUUGAUCCACUACAUCAGGACGCUUGUCAACAAACCAAUGCAAGUAAAAGCUACCAAUUAUUUUAGAUCCGCAAUUUUAAGCUGAAGCCCCUUUAUUAAGGCGAAAUUACCUUGACGAUUCUCACACGUGGUAACCAAAACUCGAUCUGAAACUUGCCAUAUUUGAUCUCUUCUCUGUUUCCUUAUCUCCUUCUCUCUCUCUCUCACUCUCUCUCUCUCUCUCUCACUCUGAUUUCCUCCGUAUUCUCUUCCUUAAUCUCAAUCUCUCUUUGCCUACUUCUCCCCUCUCUAUAAUCCUUACCCUGUCUUUUAUGUAUGUGUGUCGUAGUUAGUAUGUGUUGUGUGUUUUUGUUUUAUUAAAUGCAUUUUAUUCACGAGUGAUUGUCUCUGUGCUUUGCUCACAGUUUCGGGGUCCCUGAACAUUGCUCUUGCUACGUGCUAAAUUACAGCUAGGACUUUAUAAAGUAGUUAUUCUUUCUUGGCCAGAAAGAUAACUUUCCCUGGAAUUAAUACAUAAUUAUACCGUCUGUUCACUGGACGAACAAAUCAAAUAAUUGUGUUAUUGAUUCUCUGACAAUUAGUUCUAAGAACCCCCAUUUGAAUAUAUAUGUGUAAUUAUAACCUGUUUAAAAAGCAGCUUUACA